AUGCUGUUGGAAGAGUUGCCCUCAGAAGUUCUGAUCAAUGUGUUCAGUUACCUGGAUGAGAAGGACUUGUACACUUUGCAAGGUCUCUCAAGAAGGUUUGCCUCUUUGAUCGGAGACGAAGAGCUGUGGAAGAACUUGUUUAUUACACGGCUGCAUACAAGUUACUUCCCGUCCUUCUCGAAGUCCCAACGAUAUAGCCACGAGUAUGUGGCAAGAGUGUCGGGUGUCAAGCAGUGGCAGCAUAAUCGACUCAUCAAGACCAGGUAUAACUUGUCACCAACACCAUUGCAUGUUACACAUUUACGUAACCACCCAAACCAGGUUGCCAUAGAGGAGCUCAUUUUCCAGUACCCGAAGCUGGCCUGCUACCACGACGGCAUCAUCACAUUGGUGCAGUUGCAGUCCAAGAGAUCGAAAAUCAAAAACAGAAUGGUGUAUAUCCCUUGCACAACUCCACAAGGUUGCUCCACCAUGCACUUCAACAUUAACUCCGCCGUGUUCGGCAGAUUCGAUGGGAGGGUGUUUGGGAAGUUGCUCACGAACAAGUCCUACUUACAACCAGUGACGGAGUUCGACUCUUCCCACUCAGCAUGCGUCACUGCCAUUGCCACUACAAACUCCACCAUGAUAGAUUCAACCACCAAGGACUGGUCUGUAAGUGGUUCCGAAAAUGGGGAAAUUAUAUGGUGGUUGGAAACGAAAAAGUAUAAGAGCUUGAAAUUCGCAAACAGCCCCAUCUUGAGACUCUCUCUGGUGAAUAAAAAUAUUACUAUAGCUUUGGAUGAGAAGUCUAUAUAUGUCAUAGAAGAUAUGGAAAGGGUACACACCUUGGACAUUCCUCAUGACCCUGUAACAAACAAGCGGAUCUCGAUUCACUUCUUCAAGAUCGAUUACGGCGCACAAACAUUAUGUCUUGCGGACACCCAGUCUAUUUAUAUGAUUUCAUUCAAUUUGACCAAAGAUUUUGGUCAAGUGAAAGUUCUGAAGUUGAAAGAUCCCUCAGAAACGAUAACCGAUGUUAUCAUGGAUGAAGAAACCGCAAAAAGAGAACAAGAUCCUCAACUAGCCGGAGGUGACGGAUGUUUUGUUGCACUCUGUACAUCCAAUAUGAGAAUCCUGGUACUCAAUACAAGAAAAUCUUCUUUUGUAACUGUGAAUGCAGAACAAUUGUACCAAGAGGUAAAGCCCCUCAGGGAAUUCCAAUUUAAUGAUCACAUCUAUGCCACCCAAAUAACAAACUUAGUCUUGGUAUUGGCGUUGGCGGGAACUAUUGAGAUAUACGAUGUGCUGUCAGGUGAAUUGAUCAAGACGGUUCAAAAAACGGAAAAGAUUCCUCAAUUUUUGCGAGUCUCUCAAGGAAGGAUGAUUGUUAGUAGUGGAAACACCAUACAUUACUUGCAGUACAUUCCUGAUGAAGAUGAUCAAUCUGAAUCCCAUAAAAAAUCACAUGGAUCAAGUAGACUUCGUAGUAAUAAGUGGAAUGAAACACUACAUUCAGAAAUGGAAAUGUAUAAUGAAAAACUUAAACAAGAGGAAGAAAGAGAGUUGGAGAAUGCUCGAUUGAUGGAAGCCUACGGUGGUGAUAUGGACGGUGAUGACGAAGAGUUACAACUGAAAAUUGCAUUAUUGGAAUCUCAGAAUUUGAAUAGUCAAUCAGCGGAAGGAACUGAUGAUAACGCCAGAGCGGAUCCUACAACCGAAGAGGAAGAUGAGGCCUUGAGAGCUGCUAUAGAAGAAUCUCUUCGUAUGCAACGCUUGCAAGAGGAAGUAAGAACUGCUGUAUCAAUGGAGGAUGAUGAAGAAUUCCUACGAGCCGUUGAACAAUCUUCUAGGGACGAUGAAGAGAGAAGGACAAGGAGAGGACAGAGAAGAACUUUGACGGAUCUCGGUCAUAAUGAACCUACGACUGAAGAAACCUCAAAUGUUCAACAUGGAGAUAUUAAUGAUGAAGAAUUACAAUUAGCUAUUGCACUUUCUCUAAGUGAAAUAAAUGAAAGUCAGUAA